AUGUCUACACCAGUAAUAGAAGUAUCAGAAAAAGAUGGUUUUACCGGAGCUGAAGAUGUUGAAAAGUUUAAAGCUGAAAGAGAAGCACCUAACUAUUCUUCGGAAUCAAGACAUUACCAGCUCAAGCUAACCAAAGAUGACCUCAAAGAAUGGGGGAUGCCGGGUGGUCCCAUAAUUGAUACCUUAAACUUUAUCGAGAGGUUAAAGAGCGAAGAACAGGUUAUUACCACGGAAAAGAAAAGAAAAUGGAUGGUCAAUGGUGCAAUUACGCCAGCAGAGAUACCGCUUUACUUCUUUGCAGAUCCAACAGAACGAAACAUCCAACUUCUUAAUAUGAUUGAGUGGGGAGAUUUUGUGGCGUUAUAUGGGCCACAGACCUCUGGCAAAACUACAAAUCCAGAAACAACUACAAUACAAAGGCUAUGUUUGCAUAUAAGUAACAUAAAAAGCGUAGACGAAUUCUGGCAAACGCUAGGCACUCAUCUCUACCUUGACACUCUCCAAUAUAUCGGACUCAAUACCAUCAAUUCUGCUAGUGAUUUCGAUCUAAUAUUUCAGAAAAGCAACUGGAAAAAUUAUGUUGUUAUCCUUACAAACGAGUUUGACAAACUAUAUAUAGCGAAGGAUGAUGUCAAAUCCUCGUUCUUUGAAACUAUUCGUGGUAUUAAAGCAACAAAAGGCAACUAUGCCAUUUGGUCUGUCGUCGCCAUCGGACCCUUCAGUAUCUUGCAUUUGAACUCGGAUAAUUUGACUACAUCACUAUUCAAUGUCAAGGAGCCGUUCCGGAAUCCAAACUUCAUGUUGAAACAAGUACAGUUCCUAUACAAAGAAUUUGCGGAUGAUUACAGCAUGGCCAUCGACCCGGAA